AUGGAUCCUUAUCAUCUCGACCCCACCUCCAGCAUGUACACCAACGCACCCGUAUCCGUGUCCAGCCCAGAGCGGGAUCGCAAAAGCACCCAAGAAGUGACUCCCUCCAAUACCCCCCAUUCCAUCACACCCUCUUCCUCACCCCCUCGUAUCAACUCCCAAAACCGCAGGCCCGUCGCUACAACCCCGAGCUCCACCCCCGCCGCCGCCAAUGCACAUCAGCAACAACACCGCUGGGCCGAAGGUACCAUCUCCGCACUAGGCGAAGCUACUGCUUCAUCACCACAACACAAAAAUCUGACCGCGCUCUUUGAGCGGGAGAAGGCCAAGAAUAAGGAUGUGCAGAACAAAAAGAGUGGCGCCGGCGCCGGCGGCAGUAGUAGUGGCUGGGUAGAGAGGUUGAGCGGGGGUGCCAAGGGGAUUGGGAAGGGGAUAGAGAAAAACGAUGAGAGCAAGGGAAAAGGAGGGAAGAAGGAAGGGGAGAAGAAGGGAUUUUUUCAGAAGGGGAGGGAGGGCCUGUUGGCCAGGGAGAUGGAGCGGGCGAAUCCGAGCUUUUGGAGACCUAGCGGCUGA